GACCGUUAGAGAAGCACGCGGCGGGCGUGAGGGGGCGAGGAGCGGGGCGUUCUGAGCGUAGGGUGGUCUCACGGGCAGCACCUGGGCAAAAGGAUCGGGCACGACUUGGUUUAGCUGCAACUGGGGUGGCAGAGAUACUCUGAAGAGAGGUGCAGUUCUGGUGCUGGAGGCUCCUGCGUGUGGAGGAAGGUGCGCGGAGCCAAGAAGUAGCUGGCAGCGUGGGAAAGCGAUUGCAAAGAGAAGGGGUCUGGAGCCUAAGUUUACUUCUAGCUCUUGUCUGAACCAUGAAGAGUGAAGAAACAGCAGAUGUUUUGUAAGAAGUUCCUACCAUUUCUACUGAAUUUUACAAUUUCGAUACCUCUGGAAGAUUCAGGCAAAAAAAAAUGAAAUCAUGGACAAAAUUGAAGAGACACAUCUGCAGGGAAUUCGGCUCAUGGAAUUUAGAAGGGGAAGUAAUUGAUAGAAGGACAUCCAGAAUCUUGUCAUGUGUUUCCUGUUGCUUUGGCCAGCACCAGGCUUGUGUUAUGUACAACCUCAACUAUGCCUUCCAUUCCAAUCUCCAUAAAAGUGAUCUGCCACCAACCCGUAAUGGCUUACAGUGGUAAGCUAAGAAAGCUGUAAAUACCAGAAUCCUGCCUGCUGUAUGAACACAAAUGGCCUCAGUGGAACCCUGCCAGUUUACAGCAGCAGAAAAUCAAGGCCAGAGGAUCAAAGGGUCUUUUCCAUAAGAGCGGGGAUUUGUUUCCAUGCCACCUUCUUCAAAAGGUUCUGAAUUAUCUGAUCAACAGUGCUGUUACCAGAUACCUUCUCCAUUUGAAUACUGUAAUGCCGUUAGUUAAGCAACGGAACAGAUGUGCAUUUGAGCAUCUCAGCAGCCUCCAUGAACAAACUUCUGCUUCUUCCAACAGAUACCGCAAGAUGACCCAACCAGCAGAUGCAAUGUCACUGCAGAUGGUAUCAGCUGUCAGCAAUUCAUCUUUGCUUCAGCCAGGUUCUUCCCUGCUGAAUUUUGAUGGGCACGUCUUCUUUUUUGGGCAGAAGGGAUGGCCGAAGAGAUCCUGUCCCACGGGUGUUUUCUUCCUUGAUAUAAAGCAGAAUGAGCUCAAAAUGAAACCUGCUGCCUUCUCUAGGGAUUCAUGUUACCUUCCCCCACUCCGCUACCCAGCUAUUUGCACACUUAGAGGCAACGGGGAGUCUGAUAAGCACCAGUACAUCAUUCAUGGUGGGAAAACACCUAACAAUGAUCUUUCUGAUAAGAUUUACAUUAUGAGUAUGGUAAACAAAACUACCAAGAAAACCACAUUUCAGUGCAUUGAGAAAGAUCUAGGUGGAGAUGUCCCUGAAGCUAGAUACGGACAUACAAUUAAUGUAGUUCAUAGCCGGGGAAAAAGCAUGAUUGUUAUAUUUGGAGGUAGAUCAUAUAUUCCUCUUGCACAGAGAACUACUGAAAAAUGGAAUAGUGUAGUUGACUGUUUGCCAUCUGUGUUUCUUGUUGAUUUUGAGUUUGGAUGCUGUACGUCAUACAUACUUCCAGAGCUUCAAGAUGGACUUUCCUUCCAUGUUUCAGUUGCCAGGGAUGAUACAAUCUACAUUCUGGGAGGCCAUUCACUUCAAAACAACACCCGGCCUCCCAGCCUAUACAAGCUAAAAGUUGAUCUCCCGCUGGGCAGCCCAUGCGUGACCUGCUCUAUCUUGCCAGGGGGAAUAUCUGUGUCGAGUGGUAUUGUGACUCAGACUGGUGAUACUGAAUUUGUCCUUGUUGGGGGCUACCAGUCUGACAACCAGAAACGGAUGAUCUGUAACACUAUAGUUUUGGAAGAUAAUAAAAUAGAGAUUGUUGAAAGGGUGAGCCCAGACUGGACACCUGAUAUUAAGCACUGUAGGAUGUGGUUUGGCUGUGAUAUGGGCAAAGGGUCCGUAUUGUUGGGCAUUCCUGGGGCCAACAAACAGUUAAUCUCAGAUGCAAACUACUUCUACAUUUUGAGAUGCAACAAAGCAGAAGAGGAUGAAGAGGAAGAACUGACAGCACAAACAUGCAGUCAGGCAUCUACCGAAGACCAAGGAGACUCCACUCCAUUUGAAGAUUCCGAAGAGUUUUCUUUCAGUGCUGAAGCCAGUAGCUUUGAUGUUGAUGACAUUGAUACUUACAAUGAAGAUGAUGAAGAAGAUGAAUCAGAAACAGGGUACUGGAUCAUCUGCUGUGCCAGCUGCAAUAUUGACAUUAACACCUGGGUGCCUUUCUAUUCAACAGAACUCAACAAGCCUGCAAUGAUCUUGUGUUCCAGUGGGUCUGGCCAUUGGGUUCAUGCACAGUGUAUGGAUCUGUCAGAGAGCAUGCUUCUACAGCUCUCAGAAGCAAAUGUCAAGUACUUCUGCAAUGAGCAUGUUCACCUUAAUAAAGGGCUGCAAACACCCAAAAAGGCAGUGCAUCUGAAAAAGCAACCCAUGAAACGACUACACAAAAAGAAAACCAUGAAGUUAACCACACCAGUGAAAAAGUCUUUUCUUCGGAGAUUAUUUGAAUAGAUUUGUACCACUGAUUUGUGUUCAGCUGGGAGACUAAAACAGCUAGCAAUGGUUGAAACAAAGUGGGUUCCUGAGGUUCUUACUGAUCAUUUUAUUGAAUUGAUAUUAUCUCAAUAUUUCAGUUAUAUUUCAAAGCUCUUGAACGUUUUUUUGUUUCUUAUGUAUGUUUUGUAGUAUCCAUAUAGGAAACUCAUCACAGAGGGCAUCGUACAAACACACUGUCAGAUAUUGAUAACUCAGUGCUGUAUUCUUUACAAUAGUGUAACUUACUCUCCAAUCGUUCCCAGUAGAUGUGGUAGAACUGCUUGUAGGAAGAGCUGUUAUCUCAUGUACUCAGUGGUGUUAGCAUCUGUCAGUAAACAAAGACCAUACUGCCCUUUUUUUUUUUUUUUAUCUUAGUGAGUAGUUCUAGAAAUAUUUGGCCUAAUUUGUAACUGCCUUACUCCAAUUUUAUGUUAGUGUAAUGAGCUAAAAUUAGACUAAUUAAUCUGUUCUUAAAUUGAAGUGAUUUUUAAGUCCCUUGUGUCAGAAAUAAUGGCAUAUUCAGACACUGAGGAUCAGUUUUCUUCAGGGACUUCCAUUACGAAAAUCUUUCUUUUCGAGCAUUUAAUUCUGGAUAUGUUUUUAUUUUGAAAGGUACUGAAUGGUUAUGUGUCAGUUUUGACUAACUUUAAGGAUUAUCACCUCACAGUAAAAAUUAAAUUGUGUUUUUAAACCACUGUGCUCAACAACUGCUUUGCAUUUGUAUUUUUUAAAAUGUAUUAGUCAGAUAAUAAAGUUUGUCAUAAAAAUGA